AUGUCUACAAAAAAUCCACUUUUAUCCUCAGCAGCUUGCUUGGUUAAAGGUGCUAUUUGUUAUCUUUUGAAAAUUGAUCAUUCUAAGACAACUCGCUCAAUAAGCUUUAAGGAGAAUGUUGUUAGUAUGUCAAUCGGGCCCCUAAAUGGCAAAAAAUUUGAUGAGGUUUAUCUUGAAGACUUAUGUAAUAUAUUGCACUCAAAAAUAAUCGAGAAUCUUCCAUUCUAUGUUUUCGAAAUGCAUCGUAGUGAAGCAGAGGCAUUAUAUAAAGAAGCAUAUCUUGACUACAAAACAAUUCCUAGCGAAAUACAGAUACUUCGCUUAGUAAUACUACCAUCAUGGUAUAUUAAUGCAAACUGUAAUCCUGUACUAAGAGAUACCAGUUCUAUUGGUAGAAUCGAUGUAAUUUCAGCCUUGGUAGAUCCUUCAAAUGAUACACUUGAAUUAGAAUUUUCAGUAUACAAUCCUAAAUACAUGAACAGCUCAGGAGAAUUCAUUAUAGAUGAUACAUUACUCGCUACUGAGUAUAAAUUAGAAGAUUUGGCAUCUAAUAGAUUCACCCCACCUCCAUUAAGUGAUAUUCUCUCAUUAACACAAGAAUGUGAUAUAGAAGCAAGUAGCAUUGUAGAUCCUUGGAGUGUAAAAACUCAAGACUUAUCAGGAAUAGAUUACAACAAAUUGAUUCAACAAUUUGGAUGCAAACACAUAACAGAUGACUUAAUUGCCAAAAUUGAGAAAAUAACUAAUAAGAAAGCUCACCAUUUUUUGAGAAGGAAAAUUUUCCUUUCACAUCGCGAUCUAGAUCAAGUUUUGAAUGCCUAUGAGGCAGGCAAGCUAUUCUAUUUGUAUACGGGGCGUGGACCCUCAUCUGAGGCACUUCAUAUAGGUCAUCUUAUACCCCUUCUUUUUACGAAAUAUUUGCAAGAUGUUUUUAAAGUACCUUUAGUGAUACAAUUAACAGAUGAUGAAAAAUUCUUAUUUAAAGAAGACCUUUCACUAGAAAAUGCUCAUAAAUAUGCUUAUGAAAAUGCUAAGGAUAUCAUAGCUUGUGGGUUUGAUCCUGAAUUAACGUUUAUAUUUACUAAUUUAGAUUAUAUUAAAACCUUAUAUCCAGAGAUAUUGAAAAUACAGAAGAAAUUUAGUUGUUCUCAAUCACGCUCGAUUUUUGGAUUCACUAAUUCUGAUAAUGUUGGCAAGUACUCUUUUCCAGCAGUACAAGCAGCUCCUUCCUUCUCUUCAGCAUUUCCAACAAUAUUUGGGGGGCGAACAGAUAUAUGGUGUUUAAGCCCUCAUGCUAUCGAUCAAGAUCCAUAUUUCCGCAUGAUGCGUGACAUUGGCCCUAGGCUUGGUUAUCUAAAACCUGCAUCAAUUCAUUCAAAGUUUAUCCCAUCACUUCAAGGUCAGCAAAUGAAGAUGAGUGGAAGUAUAAUUAAUUCAAGUAUAUUUGUGACCGAUGAUGAAGACACUAUCAAGAUGAAGAUUAUGAAAUAUGCCUUCUCCGGUGGUAGAGCAACUGAAUCAGAACAAAGAAAAUUGGGUGCUGAUCUCUCUGUAGAUGUCCCAUGGCAAUAUCUUCAAUUUUUAAUAGAAGAUGAUGCUUUAUUGGAAGAUAUAGGGAGAAAGUACUCAUCGGGGGAGAUGUUAUCGGGUGAAAUAAAGAUGAUUCUAGUUGAGGAACUUGUUAAGAUGACAAAGACGCAUCAGCAGAACCGAGCAAAUGUAAGCGAUGAAGUGCUUAAGUACUUUAUGAAUCCUGAUCGUGAAAGUUUUAAAAAGUAUAUGUCUCAGCUGUGUUGA